CUUGGGCGUUGGCAAGGUUAUCGGUAACUAUAUAAAAUACAGAGUAAUUGUUCUAACUGUAUCACUUUGUUUCAUAUCAACAAUACAGAACAACAUGAACACUUUGGCCGUAGCAGUUCUUUUUGUAGCAGUAGCCUACGCCAGUGCUAGUGGCAUCGAUGCCGAAUACAGCAUCAAAGGAGACCUUGAAGGUGCUCUUGGAGGACAAUGGAUCCCUGAUGUCCCCGUUGCUGCCGGUCAUGGUGCUAUCGGAUUGGGUGCUGCAGGUCUAGGAUUGGGCGCCGCCGGUCUAGGAUAUGGUGCUCCUGCUCUAGGAUUGGCUGCUCCUGCUCUUGGACUGGGUGUCCCUGCUUGGGGAUUGGGAGCUGGUAUCGGUUUGGGAGCUCAUGGUGUUUCUAGAGGGUCGCUCGAAGGUGCUCUUGGAGGCCAAUGGAUCCCAGACACCCACGGCCACGGCAAAUAGGGUUUUGGUGUUGAUAUGACUGAUUGUGCCAAUUGUUCUGUAUAAAUUUGUGUAAAAAUAUAUUUUGAAUACCUCAGUUCACAAAA